AUGGAGUUGAAACAGGAAAUGGCAAGAAGUCUUUUGAAGACAUCAUCUUUGUCUGUGAGGACAAAAUUACUACAUCAAACGGGAUUGUCACUUUAUAAUACAUCCCAUGGCUUCCAUGAAGAAGAAGUAAAAAAAAAACUUGAGCAGUUUCCUGGUGGAUCCGUUGACCUUCAGAAGGAAGAUAGUGGUAUUGGCAUUCUUACCCUGAACAAUCCAAGUAAAAUGAAUGCCUUCUCAGGAGUUAUGAUUCUACAACUUCUGGAAAAAGUGAUUGAACUGGAAAGUUGGACAGAGGGGAAAGGUCUCAUUGUCCGUGGGGCAAAAAAUACUUUCUCCUCAGGAUCUGAUUUGAAUGCUGUGAAAGCACUAGGGACUCCAGAGGAUGGAAUGACCUUAUGUAUGUUCAUGCAGAACACCUUAACAAGAUUUAUGAGACUCCCUUUAAUAAGUGUUGCGCUGGUUCAAGGUCGGGCAUUGGGUGGAGGAGCAGAAUUUACUACAGCAUGUGAUUUCAGAUUAAUGACGCCAGAGAGUGAGAUAAGAUUUGUCCACAAAGAGAUGGGUAUAAUACCAAGCUGGGGCGGUGCUACCCGACUAGUUGAAAUAAUCGGCAGUAGACAAGCUCUCAAAGUAUUAAGUGGGGCCCUCAAACUGGAUUCAAAAAAAGCUUUAAACAUAGGAAUGGUUGACGAGGUCUUGCAGUCUUCAGAUGAAACUGAAUGUCUAGAAGAGGCACAAGAGUGGCUAAAGCAGUUUAUCAAAGGGCCACCAGAAGUAAUUAGAGCUUUGAAAAAAUCUGUUUCUUCAGGUAAAGAGCUUUGUUUUGAGGACGCAUUACAGAAUGAAAGAGACCUUUUAGGAACAGUUUGGGGGGGACCUGCAAAUAAAGAGGCUAUUGCUAGGAGACGAAAAUUUGAUAAAUAAUUUUUUAAAAUAUGACGUACUACAAGAAAAACUCCAAUAAAUUAAUAAUU